UCGCACUGCACACAGAAAAAUACAUAAACCAAUAUAUAUCUAAAAUGAAAAGUGAACACUAAUACACGAACAAUUCAAUAUAAGAAAUUCAAAAGUUACUCUUAUGAUAAUGCACCACCAGCCUUGCCUGUGUGAAGGUUUGACAAGAGAAACCCCGUGAGGUGCAGCGCGAGGUAAGCUCAAGAUCACCUCAGGAGUCGGGAGUCGGGACAGAGAGGUGCCGAGGACGAGGAGGUAAACAAAGUCCGCGUGCCUCACAUAUAUCAUGGAAAAGUUGAGUUGGAGUGUAAGCAUUCAUCACCCCCUCAAAAAAUGACAAUCAGAUCAUGGCACUAUAGCUAAAGGUGGACAGUUAGAAUAACUCUGCGGGGCUGAAGGGAACACAGCAUGGCACUCUUUGGCCCUGCAAGGCGGUGCCUAGCGUGUAUUAGCCGAGCGAUGGUGAUGGUUGGAAAAGACUCGCACCUGGCUGUGUGUGCGACCCAGCCCUCAGUUCUCCCUGGCACAAGAGGCUUGGCAUGUAAGAUGGACAACCAACUGUCUGACCUCGUUAAUAAACAGUUGAACACGGAUGCAGCAGCGUCUAACAAGAGUCCUGUGAAUGACAAGGCUGGCAACCAUUCCAAAGGGUCACAAAAUGAAAAGGCUGGCGGCCAGUCCAAAGGGAAGGGAAAGUCAGGCAAGUUUGUCCUCAAGACCGCCAAGGGAACAAGGGACUAUGGCCCCAUGGAGAUGGCCUACAGGCGGGAGGUGUUCAGUGUGAUCUACUCAGUCUUCCACAUGCACGGAGCGGUUCAAAUUGAGACACCAGUGUUUGAGCUGAAGGAUGUGCUGACAGGAAAAUAUGGUGAAGACUCGAAGCUGAUCUAUGACCUUGAAGACCAGGGUGGUGAGAUCCUCUCCUUGCGCUACGACCUCACAGUGCCGUUUGCACGAUAUGUGGCCAUGAACAAAAUUGACAACAUCAAACGUUAUCAUGUAGCGCGUGUUUACCGCAGGGAUUCCCCCGCCAUGACCAGAGGCCGCUACCGAGAGUUCUACCAGUGUGACUUUGACAUUGCCGGCCAGUUUGACCCCAUGAUUCCUGAUGCUGAGUGUGUCCAGCUGGUGGACCAGGUGCUUUCCAAGCUGGGACUGGGAGAGUUCACCAUCAAGAUUAACCACAGAAAGAUUCUGGAUGGCGUGUUUGGGUCCUGUGGUGUCCCUAGUGAUAAGUUCCGUCCCAUCUGCUCCGCCGUGGACAAGCUAGACAAAUCACCAUGGGAGGAAGUGAGGAAGGAGAUGGUGGAUGAGAAGGGACUUGAUGAGGAAGUGGCAGAUAAGAUCGGGAAUUAUGUCAAGUUUUCUGGCAAAGAAGAACUCCUGGAGACACUGGCCAAUGAUGAACUGUUGAAGAGUUCUCCAUCAGCCCAGGCUGGCUUUGCAGAUCUAAAGUUGCUGUUCCAGUACUGCAAAAGCCUGGGAUGUGCAGACCACCUGGUGUUUGAUAUGGGUCUUGCCCGGGGCCUUGAUUACUACACUGGUGUCAUUUACGAGGCAGUGCUUACAGCGGGACAGAACAUUGGAGAGGAAGGACCAGUGGGCAGUGUGGCAGGGGGGGGCCGCUAUGAUGGGCUGGUGGGCAUGUUUGAUCCAAAGAAGAAGACUGUUCCCUGUGUUGGAUUGAGCUUUGGUAUUGAGAGGCUCUUCACCAUCUAUGAACACAAGAUGCGUGCCGAGAAUAACAAGGUGAGAGCGACCCAGACGGAGGUGUUUGUGGUCACAGCUUGCAAAGGAAUGGUGCACGAGAGGCUGAAGCUGCUGGGUCUGUUGCACCAGGCUGGCAUCAAGGCAGAGGGCAGCUACAAGAAUAAUGCUAAGAUCCUCAACCAGCUGCAGUAUGCUGAGGACAACAAGAUCCCACUGGUGGUGCUGAUUGGAGAGUCUGAGGUGGAGGCUGGUGUGGUGAAGAUUCGCGACACUGUCACCAGGGAGGAGACCACCAUCAAGAGGGAGGAGCUUGCUGAGACAGUGCGGCAGAAGCUGGCUUGCCUCUGAGCGUCCACCAGGUGUUCUAGUGUUGCCUUUCCAACACACUACGGGAUGUGGGGAGGAGGGACUUGCCAGCUAGGAGUCUGAUGUUGGUUGGGUUCUUGAUUCUAAAUUUUUAUAAUCCCCUUGUUUGCUUUAAAAUUUUCUGAAACAAUUAUGCUAGUAUGCUGAUUGAUGGCAGCUUACCAAGCCAAACAGUGAUGCACAAUAGUUUAAUUUUAAAUUUUAAUUUUACUAAGAUGUCAUGUGAUCAUAAGGAAAACCAACACAACAGAAAACAGACUCCAUAAAGUUAGGGCUCAUUGUUAAAGUUUCCUUAGGAGCUGUGUGUCUGCCUGGACAGCUGUGGUGCAGUGCAGGACUGAUGGACAUGUCAGCACCAGAAACAAUGAUGAUGAUCAUUUGAUUAUUUAUUAAUGAACUUAGUUUUUUUAAGAUUCACUGCAGUUUGAUACUGACUGUAAAAGAGAUUCCUAUACAGUCAAGUCCCAUCACACUGUCAGACCAUCACCUGUACAGAUCCAUCAGGAGCAGCACUUCUCAGCUUCCUCAUCUCUUGCCACACUUCCAACACACUUAACAGAACAUCCCUCUUUCCCAUGUUUCACCAGUAGAUUGAGUUGAACACCAAAUAGGAAUGGUGAUGGUUGGGUACUGGUUGUAAUAUAUACAAUGUUUGGGGAAAUAUCUGAGAUCACCUUUGUUUUAUUUAUGUCUUGCAGAUUUUUUAACACAGUUGUAGUUAACACAAUUGUAGUAAAGUAUCAUCAGAUGCAGCAGUGAACAAAAUGCAGGAGUGUGAGGGCAAAGUCUGGAAAAUUACUCUAAAUUGUAACAUGGUUACUGCUGCAACCUCUCUUUCCACCUUCCUGGGUUUUCUUGCAUUUAUCUGCAAAUACUUUUUAAAGUGUUUACAUGGUUUGUGAAUGCCUGGAUGAAGUGCGUGGUCAAUAUGUGAUAAGAUGACGCAAGAUUACCAAAGCUCUUUUAUAUUCCGUUGUCAUCGCUAUAAGGUCUGGUUCACCUUACACAAGUGUGUUGGAUGGGAUGGAAAAUAUCUUUCCCCCUUCUAACACACACCACAAGGUAAAUGAUUAUGUAAUUAUUAUUUAUACUGUAUUAAGUUUGCAAACUGUGUUUGUAGUAACGAGGUACAUGGCAUCACAAUUAUUCUACAACUGUAUGUGGGAGGUAUUUCAUUGACUGCAGUUGGCAGUUUCUUUAUUGUGUUAUACACAAUGUGGUCAGAACCUUUUCCAUUAUUCUCUCUUAUGGAGGAAGAGCAACAUUCACCAGCCUGCAGAGAGCAACACUGCAUCAGUCUGCUUUGCAUCACUUCUACUGAUGCUCACCAGCAGACUGCCAAGGUCACCUUUUUUCAAUAAAGGUUUCUCCAGUGAG